AUGGCAAUGGCAAAUAAUAAAACACACUGUUUUACAUGUAAUAAAGAAAAAAUCACAUUUCGUUGUGAAGGAUGUUCAAAACGAUUUUGUUUUAUGGAUUUAGCAGAACAUAAACAAAUAUUAAAUGAUGAAUUAAAUCAUAUUAUUAAUAAUUAUGAUCAAUUUAAACAAACAAUUAAUGAACGAAAACAAAAUCCCUCAUUAAUAAAACAAAUUAAUCAAUGGAAAACAAAUUCGAUUGAAAUAAUUCAGCAAAAAGCACGAGAUUGUAGAGAAAUUGCUAUUAAAUCAUCACAAACAUUUAUUUAUGAUAUUGAAAAAAAAUUUAAUAAUUUAUCUGAUCUGAAAUAA